AUGGGCAGAUUCAUUCUAGCUUUGAACAAAUAUUUUAAACAAGCUUAUACUCGAAUUCAGAAGUAUUCAGAUGAAUGUCCUUCUAACCCUCCGCCACAAAGGGCUUAUCCAUGUUGUUCUCCGCUUCCAAUGUAUUAUUGCAAGCCUAGAACAAAGUAUGACGUCAAGUUUAUAUACAUAAAUGAUAAGCCGCCAAGUACAGCUAUGGGAGAUUUUGUAGAUAGAAUAGCUCAAACUGUGUUUUGGACUGAAAUAGUUAGAGGGUUUGCUGUAACCAUUGGCCACGUAUUUAAAGAACCUGCAACUAUAAACUAUCCAUUUGAGAAAGGUCCACUGUCUCCUCGAUUCCGAGGUGAACAUGCAUUGCGAAGGUAUCCUUCCGGAGAAGAAAGGUGUAUUGCUUGUAAACUAUGUGAAGCCUAUUGUCCCGCACAAGCGAUAACAAUAGACGCCGAAGAAAGGCAGGAUGGUUCUCGUAGAGCAAUACGUUAUGAUAUUGACCUAACCAAGUGUAUUUUUUGUGGGUACUGUCAGGAAGCUUGCCCAGUAGAUGCUAUUGUCGAAGGCCCUAAUUUUGAAUAUUCGACAGAAACACAUGAAGAGCUUAUGUACAAUAAAGAAAAAUUGCUAAGUAAUGGAGACCGCUGGGAACCUGAAAUAGUUAGCAACUUAAGGGAUAAUUUCCUCUAUCGUUGA